GUGAUAUGCCGGCGCCCCACUCCCUGGUGCACGAAAACUGCUGGUCCUUGGAAACUAACCCCUCGCAUCCCCGACUAAGGGUCGUUCAUGCCGUCGUCGUUUACAUUACUAUGCAUUAGCGACGCAUAAACGCAAGGAUGUACGCACUGCAGAUGCAGACUGCCUGCCAGGGCGAGGGCACUGGUGAGCCCGACGACCCCAGCAGCCUUCAUCAGGAACCAGCGCGACCUGCUGCGCAAGAUUGUAGUUCUUUCGAUAUUAUUAGAGCCACGCAGUAUGGAGCAUUGGAUCGAGUGACAGAAUUGGUGGAAGCUGGUGCUGACGUGAAUCAGCCAGAUUCGGAAACCGUAACGCUGCUCCACUGGGCUGCCAUAAACAAUCGAAAAGAUAUAGUUAAGUAUCUUAUUGCAAAGGGAGCUGUAGUUGAUGCAAUUGGUGGCGAAUUGGCUUCUACGCCAUUGCAUUGGGCUACAAGGCAGGGUCAUCUCUCUACAGUCGUCAUACUGAUGAGAGCAGGUGCUGAUCCAACCUUGAGGGACUCUGAAGGUUUCUCAUGCAUACAUCUGGCAGCGCAAUUUGGUCACACAGCCAUUGUGGCUUAUCUGGUAGCGAAAGGCGUGAAUCCGAACAUGCCGGAUAGAAGCGCUAUGACACCUCUUAUGUGGAGUGCUUACAAAGUCAACAGCUUAGAUCCAACGCGACUGCUGUUGACUCUAGGUGCGUCGCACUCGCUCACCGAUAACCUGCACGGUAACACGGCGCUGCAUUGGGCCAUUAUAGCGAAAAAUAACACAGCGAUAUCUACUCUAGUGCAACACGGGGCCUCGUUAGAUUUGCCCAAUUUCCAAAACGAGACCCCGAUGACGCUGCUGGGCCCGCACAUCGGCGCCGCGUGGCUAGGCCACAAAAUUAGUCAGGAGAUUAAAGAAAAGCAAGGGCGUACGAGAACAUGGUGUAGAGAUAAGAGAGUCCGUUGGUAUUGCAUGGUCAGUACGCCAUUCAUAGCAUUUUAUGUGAUUGGCAUGAUUCUACAGAUCGGAUGGGAUUAUUUACUAAAACUAGGUGCCUUUAUCACCCUUUAUGUAGCGGUGUAUCUAAUGAACCAUUUCGUGUUCGACGAACGGCUGUUCCACAUAUUACCAAUGUCGAUUUAUUUGGCAACCAAGAUGUGGAUAUAUGUUACGUGGAUAUUUUGGCUCGGUGUCCAUGCAGCGUGGUAUUUAUGGUUAUUAUUGGUCAGCGGUUCUGUUCCUCUCUGGAUAUGCUUCCUACAGUCUUGGCGAGGUGAUCCUGGAAUCAUCACGGCCACUCACGAGGACAAAUUAAAUACGAUAAUCGAAUUGGCCGAAUCCGGUGGUUUUGAGCCACAAUGGUUCUGUAGUAGCUGUUUAGUCAGAAGACCCAUGAGAUCUAAACAUUGUUCCACAUGCGACCGUUGUGUAGCGCGAUUCGAUCAUCAUUGUCCAUGGGUUAACAACUGCAUCGGUGCACAUAAUCACAAGUAUUUCCUUGGAUUUCUGGCAUCUUUGCUUGGGUUGUGCAUCGUUAUUUUAUCCGCCAGUGUACAGUAUUGGCAAUUUGAAUGUUGGUCAAACUUGACGAACGGUCAUAGUGCGGACAACUAUUUGGUAGCCGCGGCUACCUGCGACGCCUGGGUAAUGUGGGUAGCAGCCAACACGUCUCUUCAUUCCUUCUGGGUCGGAACCCUGUUGGCGUGUCAAUGUUAUCAGAUCAUGGUCUUGGGAAUGACAACGAAUGAACGAAUGAAUGCUGGUCGUUACAAACAUUUCAAACAAGGGAACCCGUUCCAUCGCGGAGCUCUGCAAAACGCCGCAGAUUUUUGCAAUUUUAGCUUCUGCGGGGUAAAAGCGAAACCUAGCUCAGACUGGUUACACAGCUUCGAUCUCAAGCAAAGCAUCGAAAAGUUACCUUUGCUCGCGCAGAAAGAUAACUUUCAGUACGUUUAAAGUAAAAGAACGUUGAAACGAGACUGUAUUGCGCUAUGGCAGCCGUGAGAAGCUAAUUGUACACACAUCCACACAUACACCAUAUCACUUAUGCCUGACGUACUUCUCGGGCCACCAAAGAGUUGCCGCAAACACGUAAGUGACUUUCCAAUACGGCAGUAAUUACGCAUAUAUACGGAUUUCGUUCUAUAAGUAGGUCUACUGUACAAUAGUCGUUGAAUAAUAAUUUCUCGACUUGUAUAUUGUGAAAGACUUACAUUUUGCAAAAAGUGCGUAUCCCUGUGCUCUACUUAAAGAUAUCGUUGAGUGAUGAAACAACUUAAUUGCACAAAUGUUUCUUCAAUUCAUCAAUUAACCCUCUUUAUUGCCCAAAUUAAAUGAUAAGAUGUAUUUUUAAAGAUAUGAAAGAUUGAAUUUCCAUAUUGUAAUUUUAAAAUUAUAAUAGCCGAUAAAUGAAGAAAAAUACAUAAAGAGGAGAAGUACAUAAUUUUUCAAUUUGGAAAUUAAAACAUUAAUCUGUAAUUUGGACAAUUUUGGCAGUGGAGGGUUAGUAUAAUAUCUCAACUGAUUGUUUUGCAGAUUAUAUCAUCCUUUUUAUAUUUCGAACAUUCUUUAUCUAAUUAUUAAAAUAACAAUUCUCUUUAUAGUAGAUGCGUAUUGUAAAUAUUAAUCAUUUGUUUUAAAUUGUGUUUAUUUACUGAUAUUUGCUGACCAUUCCACAUUUGAAUUCAGUAUCACAAUCCAUGGAUAACAAUUAAUGAUUCAGAUAUCAGAUCAUCUUUUUCAAGAAGUAAACGCAUUUAGAGAUUGAAAGUAUGUAAUAUUCAUUGAACAAAUGUAUAAAGCUCUGAUGCUCCCUCUUCUUCUUACAAGUAUAUAUAUAAUUUAAUUUGUACAAUUAUUACAUAGUUACAGUUAUCUCAUCCAUUAUUUCAUGAAGGAAUAAUUGAAUGUUUGUGGUUUUUCUUUAUAUGAACAUUUGAGGAAUGUCUACAUCCAUGCAUCUAUAUCCUGAUAAAUUCAAAUAAUUUGUAAUUAAAAAAAUUAAUGCACAUAACAUGUGUAAAACAUAAAUAAAAAUUUUUUGACAUACAAGAAUUAUAUACAAUUAAAAAUAUAUAUAUAUAUACACAAUAUAAUGCAAAGAUUAAAAAUCGUAUAAGAUGCAAAAAAAUUGAAUAUUAAAAAUGUGGCCUAUAUGAUAUCGCGCUAUAAAUGUGCAUAAAUUAUACAAAUUAGAAUGCAUAAAAAAAUCAAAUGCUGUGCAGUAGAUUUAUAGCCAAAAGUGAAAACUGCGUAACAGCUAUUUACAUUGUUUACUCUAUUGUUCGUAUUUGUAAGAGACUCUCUACCUGACUUAAGUGCCAUGUUAUGCUUCUUGAAAUGCAUUUACGUGUACUCGACAUUACAAAACUUCUGUUGAGAUCAACUAGUAUAUCGGUUAUUAUGAUUAAAAUGUAAUUUUUAUCAUGGUAAUACGAUAUGAUCACAAUAAUUGCGAUCACAAAUCAAUAUUACAAAAAUUAUUUGUAAUAUUUAUUUAAGGACUGUUGUAGCAUAUAAUAUAUAUCAAGCAUAUCUUGUCAAAAAAAUUUAGGUCACAAAAAUCGCUUUUUAUAUAUUAAGCAAAGAGUGAGUUUAAAAUAUUGUUACGCAACAAAGAAAUUAUUUAAUAAGAAACGCUCUGUUUACGCGUGCGAAUAUUGUAUUUAGUAUUUACACUUCAAACUGAUAAUUCUUCCAAAUUGUGUAUACAGAUUAUUGCAAAAAUAAUGAAAUAAUACUGCUUGUACAUUCCAAAAUCGAUGGUAGCAUUUUAUAAUGAAGAUGAUGAUAGAGUGAACGUCCAAUUUUUAUAUUAUAUUAUAAAAUUUUUUGAUUUUCCUUAAAUAAGUCUUGAGUGAUAAAAUAUUAUUAUUGCAAGUAUUAUUUCUUUAGAUGCGCUCACGGAAAUGGAAACCUUGUUGAAAGAGUGAUGUAAAAUAGUUAUUGAAUUUAGUUUUAAUUCCUUUUAAUUGUAAAACAAAUUUUUUUAGAUAUAGAAAAGUACAUUAGUUUUAUUUUUUACCUGGCAUAAAGUAUUUCAGAAAUUAUCUUUCUUUUAGAAAGUAACUUAACUAUAUAAUGACUGCAUAUUGCUAUCGUCAAGACUUUUUAUGACGCUAACAUUGAAGUCAUUAUCAUGCAUCAUAUUAUAAAACGUGAAAUAAAUUAUAAAGAGUUUUCAGAAUCUAAUCAAUUAUCAAAGAGAAGAAAAAAGAUGUGAUAUUAAUAUAUAUAAAAUGUAAAUCUAUACUCUUGCGUGAGUUUGAUUACUUUCUGGUAUCAUGAUUCUGAUUUCUGUGAGUGCGUAUGAAAGCGAAUCGAUCAAAAAUUGAGUAUUUGCAUAAUAUAGUUUUGUGUGAUUUUUUUAGUAUAAUACAUAUAUAUUUAGUUUGUUACAGAAUUUUUUUGUUCUAAGAACGCAUCGUAACGAUGAGAUGACAUGCUAUGAUGAAAUCACAUGCAUUUUAAUACUAAUUGUACAACAAAGUUUCUUCAAAUCCAUAUUUUAAUAUAACUGCUCAUUUGUAUGUAAAUAUUAUUAUACAUUUCAUUUGACGCGUCUGUAAAUAAUUAUAUCAGCUUUAUUUCAAUAUGAUUUAGAAGAAUAUGCGUCUUCAAAAUCAUUGUCCUAUACGUUCAACUCUAGAUUCGAGAUUUACCAAUUAUGUCAUAUUAUAAUAUUAUAGUUGAUACAAGUUUUCACACCCAACGACUUCUUGUACAGAACGAUAAGGAACACUUGUGUACAAAAUGUUGAAACAUACAGAUAGUUUUAAUAUGUAUACACCUGAAAUAGCAAUUACACACACAAUUAUUGCAAAUCGAGUACUCCAUGUCAAUGUUAUUAGCAAAGAGAUACAUGUAUAAAUACUAUAUAAAAAAAUAUAACAGUAUAAAAGAGUAUAUAAUAUAUUGAUUGUACUACAAUAUCAAUAUAUUAUAAGAUAAUUAUGUUCAUCGAAGGCAUUAUUUCGCGUAGGACUGAAUUCAAUUUUUACAUACUUUUUAUUUCACAAUCUAGUCCAACUGAGAUUUAUAGAAAAAUAUUGUUAACUGCGUUGUGUGAUUAUUUCUUUCAUUCGAAAGGUUUAAUUGUCAGAGUAAGAUGUAUUAUCCUAACUUCCUGUGUAUGUACUAUAUAAUACUUGAAAAUCGGGAUCGAUAUAAUUUCGCUAAAUUCAAAUGUGGAUAGCGAGAUGGGAAUAUGGUAAUAAUCUUGUUCUCUCUCUUAGUUCGCGCAUAAAUGAAAUGCUAGGAUUGGAGUUUUGUUCAAUUUUUCUCGUAAAUUAUACCGAUCUCUGUUUUUCCUCUCUCGCAAAUCAUAAGUAUCGAUAUAUAUAUAUAUUGUUAAGCAAGCGAAACAGAACGACAAAAAAAUGAUAAUGUUUUUACAGCCAAAGGAUAUAGAGUCGUAAUGAAUGUUAUUUAAUACACGUACGCACGUUUCUAUCUAUCCUUUAAACUCUAUAAGAAUAAUUCAUAGUUUUUAAGAUUCUAAGAGAUAUAUCUUAUACAAGAAAAAAAAAUUCCCAGUUAUAUAAAAUUGUAAUUCACAAUACAACACCUUUCCCAUCAUUGUGAUUUGCGAGAUAAUACGAAAACAACAUGUAUAACACACAUACAUUGAAUGUUCGAAUUGCUGUUAAAUUUUUGAUGAAUUAUAACACAAUGUAUUCGCA